AUGAUAUGGACGUCACUGCAUCGACAAGGAGUUCAUCCAAAGAUAAUUCGUCUUCUUUCGAACAUCUACACAUCUGCUUCUGUAACAUUUGAAAUAUGUGGCAAUCAAGUUCCUAUCAACGCUAGACGAGGUGUUCGACAGAGAGAUCCAAUCUCUCCUGCCCUCUUCACUGCCGUUUUGGAAACCGUCUUCCGUAGCCUAGAUUGGAGAAACAGAGGUAUCAACAUAAAUGGGCUCCGUUUGAGUCAUCUCAGGUACGCUGAUUAUGUAGUUCUCUUCGCGCACAAACCACAAGAACUCCAAUUAAUGCUACAAGAAAUGAGCGACAAAAGCCAAAUUGUGGGACUGAGAAUGAAUUUCUCUAAGACUCCUGUCAUGACCAAUUCCGAAGAAAUACCGAUCUCAACUGAUGAAUCUCCUAUACAUUACUGCAGCAACUUUGUUUAUCUUGGUCAAUGCAUAUCCUUUGAUAGGAAUCUAACAACUGAGCUGAAUAGGCGAAUUCGCUCUGGCUAG